GGGAGAGCGGAUAUAGUGUAUGCAGGGUCCGGGGAGAGUGGAUAUAGUGAAUGCGGGGUCGGGGGAGCGGAUAUAGUGAAUGCAGGGUCCGGGGAGAGCAGAUAUAGUGAAUGCAGGGUCCGGGGAGAGCGGAUAUAGUGAGUGCGGGGUCUGGGGAGAGCGGAUAUAGUGAAUGCGGGGUCCGGGGAGAGCAGAUAUAGUGAAUGCGGGGUCCGGGGAGAGCGGAUAUAGUGAAUGCAGGGUCCGGGGAGAGCGGAUAUAGUGAAUGCAGGGAUCUGGGGAGAGCAGAUAUAGUGAAUGCAGGGUCCGGGGAGAGUGGAUAUAGUGAAUGCGGGGUCCGGGGA